ACGGGCGUCCCGGCGGCACAGGGCAGCGCCGCGGGGGCGUCCGCAGCCCGCCCCGGCCCCACGGCUCGGCCCCGCCGCCGCCAUGAGCGGCCCCUACCCGGAGGAGAGCUGCGCCGAGCGCCCCGAGUGCAAAAGUAAAUCGCCAACUUUGCUGUCCUCCUACUGCAUCGACAGCAUCCUGGGCCGCCGGAGCCCCUGCAAGGUGCGGCUGCUCGGCGCCGCGCCCAGCCUGCCCGCCAUCGCCGCCCGCCCCGACACCGACAAGGCUGCGCAAGGGUCACCCAAGGGCAGCCCCCCGUUCGAGCCGGCCGAGCUGCACCUUCCCCCGAAGCUGCGGCGGCUUUACGGGCCGGGCGGGGGCCGGCUGCUGCCGCCGGGGCCGCGGGGGGACCGGCCGGAGGGGGGCGCCGGCCCCGUGCCCGCCGCCGCCCCGUGGGACACGCUGAAGAUCAGCCAAGCGCCCCAGGUCAGCAUCAGCCGCAGCAAGAGCUACCGGGAAAACGCUCCUUUCGUGGCGCCGCCGCCAGCCCGGGACGAGCUGGGCAGCCCCGCCGCGCACGUCGAGGAACGGCCGGGCCCCGCCGCGCCGGCCGCCGAGGAGGAGGAGGAAGAGGAGGACGAAGAGAUGCUGGAGGAGGAGGACGAGGAGGAAGAAGAGCUGGAGGACGACGAGGAGGAGGAGCUGCUGGGCGAGGACGGCGGGGGGCUGCUGAAAGAAGCCCGCCGGGGCACCGCCGCGGCCCCCGGGGCAGAGGGCGGGGAUCUGUCCCCCAAGGAGGAGCUGCUGCUGCACCCCGAGGACGGAGAGGGCAAGGAUGGCGAGGAAAGCGUCUGCCUCUCGGCCGGCAGUGACUCCGAGGAGGGGCUGCUCAAGAGGAAGCAGCGCCGCUACCGCACCACCUUCACCAGCUACCAGCUGGAGGAGCUGGAGAGGGCCUUCCAGAAAACCCACUACCCCGACGUCUUCACCAGGGAGGAGCUGGCCAUGAGGCUCGAUCUGACCGAAGCCCGAGUGCAGGUAUGGUUCCAGAACCGUAGGGCUAAGUGGCGGAAGAGGGAAAAGGCUGGGGCUCAGACACACCCCCCAGGUUUGCCUUUCCCUGGUCCCCUGUCAGCAACUCACCCCCUCAGUCCAUACCUUGAUGCUAGUCCUUUCCCUCCUCAUCACCCAGCUCUAGACUCCGCCUGGACCGCCGCCGCCGCCGCCGCCGCGGCCGCCGCCUUCCCCAGUCUGCCGCCGCCGCCCCCCGGCUCCGCGGCGCUGCCCCCCGCCGGGACCCCGCUCGGCCUCGGCACCUUCCUGGGCGCCGCCGUGUUCCGCCACCCCGCCUUCAUCAGCCCCGCCUUCGGCAGGCUCUUUUCCACCAUGGCCCCCCUGGGCAGCGCCUCCAGCGCGGCGGCCCUGCUGCGGCAGCCGGCUCCGGCCGCCGAGGGGGCGGUGGGUUCGGCGGGGCUGGGGGACCCGGCCAGCGCCGCCGCCGACCGCCGAGCCUCCAGCAUCGCCGCCCUGCGGCUGAAGGCCAAGGAGCACGCAGCCCAGCUCACCCAGCUCAACAUCCUCCCCGGGAACAGCACGGGGAAAGAGGUGUGCUAAGGCACGGCUGCCGUCCUCGGGGGGCGGGGCGGGCUGGGGCGGUGGGUUUUUUAGGGGGGAGAGGAAAGAAACAAGAGGAGAGUAAAUACGCGAAUAAAUAAAGGUCACCUCGGACAGCACGAAUCAAGACCAAACGGGGGAUGGGGGGGGUGGAGGGUGGAGGGAAUGAGUAGUAACGAUUCAAAACAAACCAGGAGCACCAGCAGCUGAGGUUCUGGGUUAGGUUCUCGAGUUAGGAACCUGGAGAGAGCGAGCGCCUUUUGCAUCAGCCCUCACACGAACCAACCGACCCUUGCAAGCUCCUGAAUAAGUAACUCCUUGGCUGGUGCGUUUCUUAAAUGUAAGACGUGUUCGUUUCCUCUCUGAGCAUUAAGGGGAAAAAAAAGAGAGAGAGAAAAGCCCUAAUGAAAGUUAUUAUAUAUUAGCGUUACAUACACUGAAUAUUUUUCCUUCUGUUUAUCUGGCAAGAAAAAAAAAAGGAGAAACAAAUAGUAUUGUAAUUAAGAAAGGAUAAAAAAAAAAAAAAAAGGAAAGUAAGAAAUAAAAGCAAAGGGAGGGGGAAAGCUACCCAAUCUUCUUAAAAUAACAUUCUAGGAUGUUAAGUUGGUCUGUUAGGAGCACUGGAGAACUAUUUCACAUGUCGAUGCAGCGAGCUGCAUACGCUAGCCAAGGAUGCUGCCAGUGCAGACUGAAAGAAAAUUUGAUGCUGUAAGAUAACCAGUGCACUUAAGGGAAAGGGUAUAUCUUUUUUUCUUGUUAUAUUCUUUAUCACUACACCAACCAAGGUUUUUAUAUCAAACCAAAGGGAAAUACACUGCUAGAAUAUGGACUGUUUAAGUCACUAAACUGUGAUUAUUGAUUCUGUACAUACCAUUGUUAUAAAAAAAAAAAAAGAACAGAGCUUUGUAUAUUUGAAAUGUUAUAAAACAAUUGCACUCAGUGUAGUGUUGUAAAAGUUUGUCAUUCUGUAGAUUCUUACUGUGUUGUAGAUAUAAUAGGGUUCCUAGACAAAUAUUUAUGUACAAACCCUUUAUUUAACUUAUUAACUGUAGAGGUUUCUGAAACCCUCAAGAGGCGAUGGUACAGUACUUUUUUCGUGUAAUGUCGUUAUUGUUAACACUUUUCC